GCCAGCGAUGACCCCGAGAAAACCAACACCACCUACCUGGACGACUCGCAGCCAGCCCAGGAUAUCACCAUCAAAGUGGAGGACCCCGACUGCCUGUCGUCCUCCAGCUACCGGGAUGUGGAGAGCGAGCGGUUCCUGUCCUCCAGCUCCUCCACCGCCCGCCGUGUCUCCUUCAACGAGGCCGCGCUCUUCGACCAGGGCAAGAAGACCCAGGAGAAGGGGAGGAGGUACACGCUGACGGAGGGGGACUUCCACCACCUGAAGAACGCCCGCCUGACCCACCUGCACCUCCCGCCGCCCGCCCUCAAGAUCGUCACCAUCCACGAGUGCGAGUCCAGCGAGAACAGCCUGGCCAUGACGCCCCGCCUGCCCCCGCCCAAGCCCGGCCUCGCCAUCUUCCAGCCCCCCGCGGGGGCCCUGCCCCAGCCGGCGCUGCCCAGCCACGCCGUGUGCCCCAGCUCUGCCCUGCCCGGGGACACCUACAACUCCACCGUGGACACCAGCUUCACCGAGGCCAGCCCGUCCGCCUCCUCCGACUCCGGGGAGGGCCCCUCGGUGAGUGCUGGGGCAGGGGGGCCGCGGGGCGGGGGAAGGGGCUCGGCAGCCCCAGCUGCCGGCCCCGGGGAGCCCCCCCCGGCCCCCGCGCAGGGCACCGUCCUGCAGUUCUUCACCCGCCUGCGCCGCCACGCCAGCCUGGACGGGGCCAGCCCCUACUUCAGGAUCAAGAAGUGGAAGCUGGAGAGCACCCAGCGGGCCUCCAGCCUGGACACCAGAGGUGGGAGCCGGCGGGGGGCACGGCGCCGCGGGGCUGUGCCGGGCGGGCUAGAGCCGGGCGAGGGGGGCGCGGGCAGCCCCGGCGAGGCGAGCGUCCCGGAGCAGCCCAGCGCCUACCACGACAUCUGGAGCCUGCGCGCCUCGCUGGAGCUGUACGCCUCCUCCGAGCGGAGCAACGACCAGGACUCGGUGCGCAGUGACGGCGGGGACAGCAUCUCCUCUGCCGGCGGCAUGCCCCCUUGCCCCUCCUCCUCCCUGGACGAGGCUGAAGGCCCCGAGGAGAAGCUCUGGGGUCGGCCCAAGCCGGAGGAGUCGGAGCCCGGCACGCGCAAGCUGCUGCAGAUGGACAGCGGCUACGCCUCCAUCGAGGCGCCCAGCCGGGGGGGCGAGGAGGGGCCCCCCAAGGAUCAGACGGCCUCCGAGAAGCGCAUUUGCUUCACCAGCGCGGGACGGAAAGGCACCAUCUUCGAGAGCUUCGAGGGCCGGGACCCCCUGGCCUGGUCCCCGUACGGGCAGAUGUUCCCGGGGCGGGACGCGCUGCCCCGGCGGGACUACAGCAUCGACGAGAAGACGGACGCCCUGUUCAACGCCUUCGUGCGCCACGACCCCCAGUUCGACGAGUCGCCGCUGCGGGGGAAGCACCGCUCCCGCACCCACCUCCGCAAGCAGUGGCAGCACGCCAAGCAGUACAGCGACCCCGGCGUGCGCUACCCCGCGCUGGAGCGGCACCGCACGCCCCUGCGCCGCGGGGACAGCGCUAACUACCCCCUGGACGCCCGCUUCCACAGCCCCCUGCCCCGCAUCAUUAGCGCCGGCGACGAGGAGGCGGCGGAGGCGGCCGACGGGGUCCCCCCUGCCCCGGCGCUGCCCGACCCCGAGAUCCAGGUGAUCGUGGAGGAGCCCGGGGAGGCGGCCCCCCGGCCAGCGAUGCCCCCCCCGACCACAGCCCUGUCUAGGCCCGGCGUGAGGGGGAGAGACCCCGGUGCAGGGGGGCUCGGCCCGCAGCGGGUCUCGGGGCUCCAUCCCCUUCUGCUGCCAGCGUGGGGAGCGGCCCGGUGCCCGGGGCGCCAUGGGAAGGGUGGCCCCGGCACGGGAAGGCCAGGAGGGCGCAUGGGGUCCCCUGGCCAUACCCCCCCCACCGCGGGGGUCCGGUAG